UCAACGAUUUCCUCUUUUCUAUUGCUGCAUUUCCGACUCUCCCUCCCUGCCCCCUCGAUCUCUCUUGUGGGAACUUUGGAGGCCUAAAGUUCUUUUACUUGGUCAGCAAAAUGGGCAGGUCUCCAUGUUGUGAGAAGGUGGGAUUGAAGAAAGGGCCAUGGACCCCAGAGGAAGACCAAAAGCUUUUGGAUUACAUCGACGAACAUGGCCAUGGAAGCUGGCGAGCCUUGCCCGCUAAGGCUGGGCUUCGGAGAUGUGGGAAGAGCUGUAGAUUAAGAUGGACUAAUUACCUCAGACCAGACAUUAAAAGAGGAAAGUUUAGCUUGCAGGAAGAGCAGACCAUCAUUCAGCUCCACGCUCUUCUCGGGAACAGAUGGUCUGCUAUAGCAACUCAUUUGCCUAAGAGAACCGAUAACGAGAUUAAGAAUUACUGGAACACGCAUCUGAAGAAAAGACUUGCUAAGAUGGGGAUCGAUCCUGUGACCCACAAGCUUAAAAGCGAUGCUCUGUGCUCCGGCAGCGGCCACUGCAAAGACGUGGCCAAUUUAAGCCACAUGGCUCAGUGGGAGAGCGCACGGCUCGAAGCCGAAGCCAGACUGGUAAGAGAAUCCCAGCUUGUGUCUUACCCUGUACCGGCACAGCUCAUCAGCAAAACCCCAGCUCAACCCUUACUACCUCCAUGCCUUGACGUACUCAAAGCAUGGCAAGGGGUAUGGUCAUGGUCAAAGUCAAUGAGUGCCGGCAUUUUCCCAAUCGCCGGCGACGACCUCGAGUCUCCGACGUCAACGUUGAACUUCCCGGCCGAGAACCCACUCCCCAUCCAAACUGUUGCAUUCAAUGAAAGCACA